AUGAAGGAAAAAGAAUGGGUGGCUUUAGCAAAUUUCCGACAGCUUAACGAAGGCUUCGUCAGGCUCUUGGGUGUUUUACCAGAAGAGAAAAGGAGAAACAAUGGAAGAACAUGGCUAGAAAUGGAAGGGUUUCGGCCCUGGAAGCUCCUUCUUCCCAAGAAACCUUUGCUGGUUCUUCCCAAAUCUUCAAGUUUCCCCCUCCAUUCAGUGGCGGAUCCAUGA